UCUUGAAUUGACCAGCCGUUCACAAACAUCAUGGCGACGACCGUGAAUAAUGGAAAUGUCCCUGUGUCGGACACACAAUCCUCAACCUCGGCUGAUCCACGCUAUGAAGGUUCAACAUUCCAGUACAGCAUGCUCCUGGAGCACCUAAUCGGGGAGAAGAGGCCGAUUAAAGAUUUGAAUCCAACCGUUAUGGGAGGUCUUCCCAAUCCCAUGAAAACCGACGACCAGAAGAUGAUCGAACGGGGAAUGGAGAGCUGUGCCUUCAAGGCGGUGUUGGCAUGUGUUGGAGGGUUUGUUCUUGGGGGAGCGUUUGGUGUGUUCACGGCUGGCAUAGAUACCAAUGUGGGAUUUGACCCCAAAGACCCCAUGAGAACACCUACUGCCAGAGAAGUCCUUAAAGACAUGGGCCAGAGGGGAAUGUCCUACGCCAAAAACUUUGCAGUCAUUGGAGCAAUGUUCUCCUGCACAGAGUGCAUCAUUGAAUCGCACAGGGGAAAGUCAGACUGGAAGAAUGCUGUCUACAGUGGUUGUGUUACUGGGGGAGCAAUAGGAUUUCGUGCUGGGGCGAAGGCUGGAGUGCUGGGAUGUGGAGGUUUCGCUGCCUUCUCUGCUGCCAUUGAGUACUAUCUCCGGUGAAAACCAGGGGGCCUUCGUUACCCCUGUGGAAUAUGGUUGAGGUGACUGUCCCUCUGGGCCAGUAACAGACUUUAUACCUCAUGGAAAGAAACACAUCCCAGAGAACACUGCUCUGCAGAUGGCACAUCUGGUCAUGAGGAUUAUUACAGUUGGACAAUUCCAUCCUGGUCUUCAUCAAUCAAUUACAUUUAUAAAGCCCUUCUUACAUCAGCUGAUGUCACAAAGUUCUGUACAGAAACCCUGCCUAAAACAGCAAGAAAUGCAGGUAUAGAAGCACAGUGGCUAGGAAAAACUCCCUAGAAAGGACAGAACCUAGGAAGAAACCUAGAGGAACCAGGCUAUGAGGGGUGGCCAGUCCUCUUCUGGCUGUGCCAGGUGGAGAUUAUAACAUAACAUGGCCAAGAUGUUCAUAGAUGACCAGCAGGGUCAAAUAAUAAUAAUCACAUUGGUUGUAGAGGGUGCAACAGGUCAGCACCUCAGGAGUAAAUUACCUUUUGUUGACUGUAUCCUGUGCACAGUGAUGUCAUACUGGCUUUUCUUUUAUCGAAGUUAAACUUCGUCAUUGAGAUGAAACUGUCGGUUUUAGAUGAGAGCUGGCUAUUCUCUCCUUUAGUUGUGGGUAAAAUACAGCCUGGUGACAUUAAGUCAAAAGUUUGAGUCCAGGUCAAUGGGUGUGUUUGAGUGUUAAGGCUAAAGCAACAAACACUAAAUGUGCCAUUGUUUAUAAAAGGUUUUCUGUGUCAAAAUAAACAUCUGCAUCCUCCAACACCCAAACUGAAACAAACGUGACCAAAAAAAUCUACACUGUAAAGUUCAUGAGUCAGAAGAUUUCUAAGCUCCAGAACGCAAAACACUUUGAAAGGCGACGACUUGACAAAAGUUAGCUGCACUAAUGCAACUAAUUGUUUUAUAGUCUCGGACUCAAACAGUCUUACUGUAAAAGCAACAUUUACAGAAUCCAUCCAAUUUAUAGUUAACUGAAACAAGUCACCGGUGUAAAUUGUUUAUUUAAAGUCAUUAAGCAAUGCAUUACAUGACUGGACGUGCCCACCCAGAUAAGAUCUACAGAUGUUGAAAAUUCAUUAAUGGUGAAUAAUAUGAACUCAGCGUUGUGGGUUCGAUGUGUCAUUUAAUUGCAGGACUGGUUAUCAAUUAAAACACAAACCACUG